GCUACGGCAACGGCAACGGCAACAGGGAGAUGGCUCAGCUCACACAGUGGCUUUUGCGACAGGAAUACUGGCUACCUUCAGGGAUCACCUGGGAGGACAUGGAGGACACCGAGGACGUCCAUUAUCCCAAACCUCAUCACCUCCUGUUCAGCCUCCCCAUCACUCUCCUGCUGGUCACACUCCGGUUCUUGUUUGAUAGGAAAAUUGCCAUCCCCUUGAGCAAAAAACUGGGUUUGCAAGAAAAGGUGAGGAGGAAACCUUCUCCAAACCCAAUCCUGGAAGCUUUUUACACAAAAUGGAGGAAAAAUCCCCAAAAGGAAGAAGUCAGCAGCUUAGCCAAGCAGUGCGACCUCCAACCAAGACAGAUAGAGAGGUGGUUCCGAUAUAGACUGAAUCAGAACCGGCCCAGUUUGACCAAGAAAUUCUGUGAAGCCAGCUGGAGAGCCGUGAACUCCCUUACUUACCUCUUCAUGACAUUGGCUGUCCUUUACAAUAAACCCUGGUUCUGGAACACUCGCGAAUGUUGGGUUGGGUACCCACUGAAGCCUCUCCAUCCAAGCCUUUAUGGCUACUACCUCCUGCAGUUCUCCUUCUACUGGUCCUUGGUCAUCACAGCGCCUUUUGACGUCAAACAGAAGGAUUUUAAUGCGAUGAUGAUCCACCAUGUGAUCUCCAUCUUGCUCAUUGGCUUCUCCUAUUGCAUCAAUUUCAUCCCUAUCGGUUCACUUGUCAUAGCCGUGAACAAUACUUCCGAUAGUCUGCUGUAUGCUGCAAAGGUGUUUAAAUACCUGAAGUGGCAGAAAACCUGCAACACACUCUUUAUCAUUUUCUCAGUGGUAUUCCUCUUUAAUCGUGCCAUCGUUUUUCCUUACAAGAUUCUCUACAGCACAUUGUACCAUUCGGCAGAGGUCCAUGAGCCUUAUUUUGGCUACUACUUCUUCAAUGCCCUCCUGACGCUCAUGUAUGUUCUCAAUGUUCUCUGGUGCUGCGUGGUCAUCCUCAUGCUUUAUAGGUUCCUGAUCCAUGGCAAGAUAGUAAAGGAUGCACGGAGCGACUCAGAGAGCAGCGAGGAAGAGGAUGUGGAUGAAGAAGAGGAUGUGGAUGCAGUGGACCAGAAGGCAGAACAAAAACACACACAAAACAAAACAGCACUAUUGUCAAGGAAUUGCGUGAAGGCAGGGUGGUCACAGAGAGGAGGGGGUCAAAUGCUCUCCUGGUUUCUGGUGUGCACAUGCACACCGCCCACUGGAGUUCGCAAGAGCCAGAGCAUGGGAAAAUGGCCUGAAAACAGCCCAAAAAACGGGCCCCAAACCACCAAAAAACAAGCAUGCAUGCACCAGCCAGCUGGUCUUUAG